AAAAACACCUGGACAAAACUUUAGUGAAAUGUUGUUUUCCUGGCUGCAAAUAACAUUAAAUCAUUGGGGUGCGAAAUUCAAACGUUAAAAAAAGAAAAUUACAUAUUCGUAUGUUGUCAUUGUCAAACUGUUUUUUUAAAGUGUUUCUAUGAAUUAUUAUUUCGUAGUGAUCGAGAAUUUUACAAAAUAUUAUAAUUUUUAACAUAUUUUGAAAAUAUAAUGUGGUAACUAUUGUUUGUGAUCGGGGUAUAGUUUAUCUAAAAGUUUGUAAUCAUUAUAAAGUCUAACUUUGACCACAUAGACGCACGCUUGGCACUAAUGUCGCAGGUUGAAUGCAAAGUAGAAAAAAUAAGUGAAUACAUAGACACUCAAUAUUCUGGAGGUGACACUAACAAAAUGAAAUUAAAACAGCUUUACCAGGAAGAAAAUAACAACGAUAUCGAUGAAAUUACUAAAAAUUUUGACAUGGGAUGCAUAGUUGAUACCGUAAAACGACCGCCAAAUAUUUGCGUCGAGACAUGUGUAUACAAUUCGGAAUCUGAGAAUGAAAAAUCGGAAGCAAAUGAUGAAAAUGAUGAUCAUUAUUCAGAUGAGUUUGAAGAGGAUAGUGAGGUUGAGGAGAUAAAGGUUGUUACAAAGUCUGUCAGCGAUAGUUCAUGUAAAACACAAUUGGAUAACAAUGAAACAAAUAAAUCGGUUAAGAUGUCGAAGAGUCAUACAUCUUUUUCAAGCAAACCUCAGUCUAUAUCUGGCAGAUCUUCUGACUAUGGCUCAAUCUCAGUACCCCAAACCCGUCGAAUUAAUAUGUCCUUCACAAAUGAAAGAUUACGAGAGAUUGAAAGGCACAAUCACAUUCUCUUGAACAAGAUUCUUGGUGCUCGUAAUAACAAAAAGUGUGCGGCGAAAGAUCCUGCUAAAAAACCUGUACCAUCCGCUGCUGUCCAUAGAAAACUCAAACAGAGACAAAUUGACCAUGAUAAUAUGAUUCUAUUAAAAAAAAUACAACGAGCCAAAUCUUCGGCUUACAGCGUUCGACGUUGAUAUAUCAGCGCGCUUCUGCGCGCAGGCACUUGAUACCUCUUCAUUGUUGAAUAUAUUUUUACUACUAAUUUUA